AUGUUGCAGAGAUUGUUUUGUAAAAGUUUCAGUGUAAAAUAUUGUGGAAGUCAGAAAAAACUACUGUUUAAAAUACCAUUUCAUAACCAUUCCUGUGAACAAUGUCGAUUCAGCCAAAUUGAUGCACAAAAGAAGAAUGGCCAUAUAGAAACCAUAAAAGAUAAAACUCAAAUAGCCACCUCGAAAAAGAUAAACGUAAAAUUAAAGACUUCUGAAUUAAAACGUUUACUUUCUUUGGCGGAACCUGAGAAAUGGACUCUUACUGGUGCUAUUGGUUUAUUAAUAAUUUCUUCAAGUGUAACAAUGGCAGUGCCAUUUUCAUUAGGAAUGGUAUUAGAUAUCAUUUACAGUGGUACAAAUGAUUUAGUGGCAGCCAGGGAAAAGCUAGACGAAUUAUGCCUAUAUUUGUGCGGAGUAUUUUUGGUUGGAGGACUUUGCAACUUUGGCAGAGUUUACUUGAUGUCAAUAUCGGGCCAGCGAAUGACGCAAGCUUUACGUAAACAAGUAUUCGGGUCAAUAAUGAAGCAGGAACCUGCGUGGUUUGGGAAUACUUCUACUGGCGAGCUUGUUAAUAGAUUAUCCGCUGAUACCCAAUUGGUAGGACGAAAUCUUAGCUCAAAUGUUAGUGACGGUCUACGGUCAUUAUUCAUGGUCGGAGCAGGUACAGGAAUGAUGUUCUACAUGUCCCCAUCAUUGGCCUUGAUAGGGUUGUGUGUGGUUCCUCCUGUUUCGGUGUUGGCAGUGAUAUAUGGACGUUUUGUGAGGGGCAUUACAAGACAAUUACAGGAUGCUCUGGCAGAAACUAGUGAGUUGGCAGAAGAAAAAAUAUCAAAUAUAAAGACUGUUAAGUCAUUUAGCAAGGAACAAAAAGAAUAUAAUUCUUAUGCACAAAGAAUUGAAUCAUUGCUGAAACUGGCUUAUAAGGAGUCACUUGCUGUUGGCAGUUUUUAUGGUUUGACUGGUCUUUCAGGGAACACAAUAAUUAUACUAGUUUUAUACUAUGGAGGUGGCAUGGUUGCUACGGAACAAUUAACAGUUGGCAACCUAACUUCUUUUCUACUAUAUGCAGCCUAUGUUGGUAUAAGUAUUGGAGGUUUGAGUAGCUUCUAUACGGAACUCAAUAAAGGCAUGGGGGCGGCAACCAGGUUGUGGCAGAUUAUAGAUAGGGAACCUAAAAUACCAGUUACAGGUGGACUUCGACCAAAAAGCAGACCGAGAGGUGAAAUAAUAUUAGAGAAUAUUCACUUCACAUAUCUUGGGGCCCCAUUAUUAAGUGGUCUCAAUUUGCAUUUACUGCCGGGGAAGAGUGUGGCAUUGGUUGGUCGUUCUGGAUGUGGGAAAAGUACUAUAGCCUCGCUUAUACUAAGAUUGUAUGACCCGGAGAGAGGAAGAGUCUUGUUAGAUGGUGUUGAUAUUAAACAGUUGGAUCCUGUCUGGUUGAGGAGUCAUAUCGGUUUUGUUAGUCAGGAACCAGUUCUAUUCACGGGCUCCAUUAAGGAUAAUAUUUUAUAUGGUGCUCCUGAUGAUUAUGAUCCUUCGCGUGAAGGGAAGGAUCCUUCAUGGUUGGUAGCGGCUCGGGCUGCCCAAUUGCAAGAGGUCGCAAGUGGUAGUGGAGCAGGCUGGGAGAGGGAUGUGGGCGCAAGGGGAGGACAACUCAGCGGCGGGCAGAAACAAAGGGUAGCCAUAGCUAGAGCUAUUAUAAAGAAUCCAAAAAUCUUGAUACUAGACGAAGCAACGUCAGCAUUGGAUGCGUAUUCCGAACAUUUAGUGGACAAGGCGUUGAAAGAUAUAAGCAGAGAUCGUACAGUCCUUACAAUAGCUCAUCGCCUCAGUACUAUACAGUCAGCUGACGAGGUCGCUGUAAUCGGUCAAGGGGCUAUAAUAGAAAAGGGAACAUACAACGAACUCAUAACAAAACCCGGAGCGAUUAAAACAGCGACGGUGAUCGAGCAUAAUGUUUUAAGUUCUCCGUGGGGUGAAAUUACUAUAGGAAACGAGACCUUAACUCAACACGUAUUUCAAGAUGUAGAAAGAUGGUCGGACGCUCCCUGUGUGACAUGCGGUGCAUCGGGUCGUUCAUACGACUACGGUAUGAUGAGGAUGUUGAUUGAUAGAUGUGCGAACGCUCUCGCCGGCCAUUUGAAACUAACGCCGGGUGAGAGAAUAGGUCUCAUACUACCGAAUCUACCUGAAUUCGUAGUGCUUAUACAUGGUGCUAUGCAAGCUGGCCUUGUAGUUACAUUCGCGAAUCCCCUGUAUACAGCUGAUGAGGUCGGACGCCAAUUUUCUGAUUGUGGAGUAAAAGCUAUUGCAACUAUUGAGAUGUUCAUGCCAGUUGCUGAAAAAGUCAGUAAAAUGUUAAAAGACUACAAAGGUACCAUUUGGGUUGGAGGCGAUGACGAUAAAGUAAAAGGUAUAUAUGGCCUGAAAUCCUUACUAAUGGCUGAUCAUAAAGCCGAUUUGCCGACUUUAAAUUGUGAUGACGUGUGUUUGGUCCCAUACUCAAGCGGAACGACGGGUUUACCUAAAGGCGUUAUGUUAACACACAAGAACUUAGUGUGCAAUCUCAAGCAGGUUCAAGUGCCGAAGAUGAUGAAGUAUGAAGGGGAGAAAGGUAAAGGAGACGUUAUUCUAACAGUUCCACCGUUUUUUCAUAUCUAUGGCUUUAACGGGAUACUCAACUACAAUCUCAUAUUAGGAUACCAUUUAGUGUCUAUUCCAAAAUUCACGCCAGAAGAUUAUAUCAACUGUUUGAUAGAGUACCAGCCAACUACGUUGUUCGUGGUUCCGUCUUUGCUAGCUUUUUUGGCGACUCAUCCUUCCGUGAAGAAGGAACAUCUUCAGUCCGUUGAAACCAUUAUGGUUGGAGCCGCGCCCACUACUGACAGCAUGCUAGAGAAGUUCCUCAUUAAAUGCGAGAAGAGCAAGGACCAGAUCAAGUUGCUUCAAGGUUACGGUAUGACAGAGAGUUCCCCCGUGACGCUGAUGACUCCAUACUCGUACCCGUACAGUAAGGUGGGCUCCGUGGGUCAGCUGGUGCCGUCCACUCAGGCUAGAGUGACGUCACUCACUGACGGCACACCUCUUGGACCACAUCACAGCGGGGAGCUGCUUCUGAGGGGUCCGCAGGUAAUGAAAGGUUAUUGGAACAAUGAGAAGGCGACCGCAGAGACUGUUGACAGUGAGGGCUGGCUGCAUACAGGCGACGUGGCAUAUUACGAUGAGGACGGGUACUUCUAUAUAGUUGACAGAACCAAAGAACUUAUUAAAGUUAAAGGGAACCAGGUGUCACCAACAGAAAUUGAGAGUAUAAUCAUGGAAAUGCCUGAAAUAGCGGAUGUCGCGGUCGUGGGAAUCCCUGAUGCGUUAGCCGGGGAAGUACCACGAGCUUUCGUCGUUCUGAAACCGGGAAGUAAAUUGACAGAAAAAAAUAUUUACGAUGUCGUAGCACAGAAACUUACUAAGUAUAAGCAUCUCGAAGGGGGUGUUGUAUUCGUAGAGGCUAUUCCAAGAAAUGUAGCUGGUAAAAUAUUGCGUAAUGAACUUAAAGUAUUAGGUAGGAAGAAGUGA